UAUCUCGUACCUCAGGUCGAAAGGAUCGUAGACAAGAGGAAGAACAAGAAGGGAAAAUGGGAGUAUCUCAUCCGGUGGAAAGGCUACGGCAGCACGGAGGACACGUGGGAGCCAGAGCACCAUCUGUUGCACUGUGAGGAGUUUAUCGACGAAUUCAACGGGCUGCACGUGUCCAAGGACAAAAGGAUCAAGUCAGGGAAGCAGGCCAGCGCCUCCAAGCUCCUGCGUGACGGCCGAGGCCCGUCGGUCGAGAAACUCUCCCACAGACCUUCAGAGUCCGGGAAGAGCAAAGGGACUUCCCAUAAACGGAAGCGGAUCAACCCCGCCCUGUCCAAGCCGAAGAAAGGGUAUUCGGCCAAGCCCCCCGCAGGAGGUGACAGGGCCGCCAAGACGGUGUCUUACAGGACUACCCCCAGUGGUUUGCAAAUAAUGCCGCUGAAAAAGGCUCAGAAUGGGAUGGAGAAUGGGGACGCCGGUUCCGAGAAGGACGAGAGGCACUUUGGAAACGGCUCCCAUCAGCCUGGCUUGGAUUUGAACGACGUCGGAGAGCAAGACCUGGCCGAGUGUGGUGUGAACCACGCGGCACCGGCAGAGAACGGGCUUGGCUCUGCUCUGACCAACGGGGGAUUAAACUUGCACAGCCCCGUGAAGAGGAAGCUGGAAGCAGAGAAGGACUAUGUCUUUGACAAGAGGCUCAGGUACAGCGUCCGCCAGAACGAAAGCAACUGUAGGUUUCGGGACAUUGUCGUGCGGAAGGAAGAGGGGUUCACACACAUCCUGCUGUCCAGCCAGACCUCGGACAACAACGCGCUGACCCCUGAGAUUAUGAAGGAGGUCCGGCGAGCGCUGUGCAACGCGGCCACGGACGACAGCAAACUGCUGCUUCUCAGUGCAGUGGGCAGCGUAUUCUGCAGCGGCCUAGAUUACUCCUACCUAAUUGGCCGGUUGUCCAGUGACAGGAGAAAGGAGAGUACCCGGAUUGCAGAAGCCAUCAGGGACUUUGUGAAGGCCUUUAUCCAGUUUAAGAAGCCUAUCGUGGUCGCCAUCAACGGGCCUGCCCUGGGCCUCGGUGCCUCCAUCCUGCCCCUCUGCGACAUCGUGUGGGCCAGCGAGAAGGCCUGGUUUCAGACCCCGUAUGCCACCAUCCGCCUCACGCCCGCCGGCUGCUCCUCAUACACCUUCCCUCAGAUCCUGGGCGUCGCACUGGCCAAUGAGAUGCUCUUCUGUGGACGGAAGCUCACUGCCCAGGAGGCGUGCAGCAGGGGACUCGUGUCCCAGGUCUUCUGGCCAACCACGUUCAGCCAGGAGGUCAUGUUGCGGGUCAAGGAGAUGGCAUCCUGCAGCGCAGUGGUGUUGGAGGAGUCGAAAUGCCUCGUUCGGAGCUUCCUGAAAUCUGUGCUCGAAGACGUGAACGAGAAAGAAUGCCUCAUGCUCAAGCAGCUCUGGAGUUCUUCCAAGGGCCUGGAUUCCCUGUUCAGCUACCUGCAGGACAAAAUUUACGAAGUCUGAGGAGCCCCCGGCCGCUCGCCCCCACGCUCGAGGGCACCCGACUUCCAGCUUUGCGCCGUGCCUCGGAGAUCGGAGCACAGAGCGUGCUGGCUGAGGGGUCCGUCAAGGUGUCUCUCUCGUGUCCAUUUCCUCCUGUCCUUUGGUUGUUCUGCAUUGGUUUGGUUUUGUAUAACAGAUGGGAAACUCAGCAUACUUGGCCUCCCCCGGGCCCUCCCCCCACCUGCCCUUCCGCUGGCUAGAGAGCUAUUGAGGGCUAUAUCUUCCCAGGCCUCUGCCAGUCGGUCCCCACUCGCCGAAAUGCACCACCCUGGUCCAGGAAGGGGAAGACCGGUCUCCCCCUUCCUUCUGACUCAGGCUGCGUCUACACAGUGCCUCUGCUUUGGAGACUUGGCUGUAUGGCUCUCUCCGGUUAAGUGCAGAUCCGGUGACAGGGGACGGUCCAUCUUAGGGAAUUUCCAGACCGAUGAGCGAAAACGGUUGUGUAGAGCCAGCCUCACUGUUCUCUCUGAUGCAAAUCUGUGUGACUUUUAGGGCUUGGUCUUAAAACCCAGUUGAGCGAUUUGCAAACCCAGAUGUUGUACGUUUAGGAAUGUUUUGUUAAAUAUAUAUUUUUAAAACAAUGUAAGUGGAAAUUCUGAUAAUUUAUGUGUAUUAUAUGUAAAGCUAGUUUUACAAAAACAUGAACUACUAGGAAAAAUUGUUUUUCUUUAAUCAACCUUAUUUAAUUUAUUUAUUUUUGUUUAUGUCUUAUGAUAUCUGUUGUCGACACAGAUAUUAUUUUCAUACUGCCCUGGACCAAAUCCCACACGAGGUUCAUGCCGUUUGGUGCAUUCUAGCAAUGAACCACGCAGAAUUAAAAUUCAGAGAGAUGUAAGUGAAAGGAUCCCUGUGGGUAGAAGGAAUAGCGUUGCAGAUCCUCGUCAUGUAAAAUGGUUCUCAGCUGUAAUAAUUGCAUACUUCUUGUUGGGAGAAAUUAUGGGAGAGUUUUUUUCUUCACUCUGCUGCCUUGAAGGAGAUAAAGGGGCCUCUGGCCUGAAUGGUACUGAGACGGACCCAGUCCCUAAUUUGUGACGUCAGGAAGAGCUGAUCGGCUCUGAUCAGCUGAUCGGGGGGCGAAACAGAUGGUUUCCUGUCUCCUUCUGGCCCUUUCUCUUUUAAAGGUGAGCAGAUACAAUGGGAGGGGAUUCACGGCCCCGAGCUUUGUGUUUUAAGAACAGGUUGAGCUUCUACACUAUGGCUAGAGACGUGGUCUUGUAGACGGUGCGUGUGGAGUUCAUCUGGACGCGAUCCCUACAAUGGCCGUGGUUCCCUCUAUAGACAGCCUCUCUCCUUUUGAGUUGCCCAUGACCUCAGGAGGGUCAGGGAAGAGGAAGCUUCUUGCCUUCCCCUCCCUUCUUCUCCUGUCUCUGCUUGGUCCCCGUGGGAUCCUGCAGGAACCACAGACCUAGGCCGUAAGGGAUUACUCUAGGGAAACAGCCGCUUUUGCCCAGAUGCCUGCUGUCCCACCUCCACUUGGGUCUGUCUCUUCCUCUGGGAAACCAAAUGUAUGCUUUCCCCAAGCCCCUGGACAGACAUGGUUCCCGUGUGUUGUGCGGAUAAGCUCUUCACCACUGCUAAAUCCUCUGAAGAAAGAGCCCCGUGCUUUCUGUGUACUUUCUGGGGGCAGAUGGGUUUCUGUCUAUAGAGCAGUGUCUGGAUUCUUGUUAGGGUUGGCAGAGGAUGUUUGGAAGUUCCCUUGGAUCAGUGUCCACCUCUCUUCUCUGCUGAAAGAACCUGAAAUCCUGUAGCUUUGGACAUAUCACAGAUCCAAACUUCUGAACAUUUGAAGGAUCUCUGAUGAUAAGGUAAGAAUAUGAAACCGUUACUCAGGUAGAGUUCCUGGCCGUCAGUUUGUCGGUUCUGGGUACCACAGGAGGUGUCUUAAAAGACGGUCUGUGUUUUGGUUGUUUCUAUACAGUCUAUUCGAGGAGGAUGUUCCACCAAUUGGGCAGAAGUAGGUUAAAUCUGUUUGCUGUGGGGUAGACCGCAUGGCUGAAUUCUCCACUUUCUGGAUGGUUGUUUUGAUACUGUGAAGAUGAAAUCGAGGUAACUUUUAGCAAUUUGACCUGGGAUGGAAAAUGCCAGAGCUGUGGAUGUGUCAGGGUUUAUUCCUAACAGCUUUCUCGAGAUGGAGCGGGGGUGGGGGGUGGGGGCGGGGCUCAGGCUCUCACUUCUUAUCUUCGGUCACAGAGCCCUCUCUCCACCCAUAGCACCCUUUCUCCCCUCUCUGAACCCUGUUUUACCUCCACACCACCCUGUCUGUCCCUUUCCAGAGCCAGGGCAGGUCUCUGAGGAAUUGUGCCUGGUUUUGGCAGACCUAACCCAGAAUGACCUUUGGGGUUGGAAGAACAGAUACGGGUGGGAAGUUAGUUGAGAGUACUAAUUCAGUCAAGGAACCUUCUAGGCAACCCACUCCUUGCCAUCCUGUCAGCCAUGCGUUAGAACUCCCCUCCCUUCUCUGCUCCAACCCCUGGUGGUCAGCACCCAGCGUCUUGUGGUGGAACUGCCAGACUUAGUUCCGGUUCCAAGAGGACUUUGUGCGGAACUUUGCCAAGUUGGUCAGAGCUCCCCGCCAUUCAGAAACCACACUCUAGUGCCCUUGUGCCCAACAUUCCCCUUCCUGCGUUCAAAUAAUGUCUGUGGGCAAAAACUGUCAAGAACUACCCUCUAAGAAUGAAAUUGGGUAGCUUUGAGAAGGCAGCAGAGAACUGAUUUAAAAUGUUAUUCUUGUUCACUGUAGACUAAACUAGGAAGUGUUCUCUCUGAAGCAUGACAAUAGGUUUUUUUUCCAUAUGAAGUUCGGUAUGAGGAUGGGAAAGUGGUAAUCAAAAUGGACCCUGAUCAGUACAACUGUAGCUCCAAAUAUCCACGUUUAAAAAUAGCCUUGACUGAAUGCUGAAUGGCGUUUCCCAUUAAUUGUUGGUUUAGAAAAUUUUGUAAACUUUUUUUAAUUUGAAAUUGAGUCACAUUCAUGCAAUUUUCCAAUCUCGUUUCUGUGGAAAACACUUUUUUAAGAGAAACAAAGAGAAAUGUCUUCAAAUCUUCCUAAGUGAAUAUUUAAAAUGCAGAAUUGCUUCUCUUCUGUGUUUCUGGAUUCAGACACUUAGAUCUGUUGUACAUAUUAGUUUAGACACUCUCACUAAUAUACACAGUAUUUAAGACUCUAAAUGAGAUUUCUUAAGUAUUUUAUUUUAUUCUCUGUAAAUGGUUUUGUAUAAUCUUUAAAAAUCUACACUUUGCCUUUGUAGAUAUUUAAGGGAAACCAUUUGGGGGUUGUCUUGCAUGUAUAUUUUUGUUGUAGAUAAGUGUUGCUCAGUUAUUUCUGCAAAUUUUGGUUGAAAUGCUUACAGACUUUAAUACAGUAUCUAUUUUCAGAAUAUAAAGUUUUUAUAUUUCUGUGAUAAGUUAGGAUAUGCGUUUUAGGCAAUCUUUUCCAUUAAUAUCACUUGUUCUUUCAAAAAAUAGCAUACUGGUUUGUUGCCAAUGGUUUCAUUUCGUUUUCUCAUUAGAAUCUACUGCUCUCGUGUUGUCAGAGAGCAGGUUUAAUCUUCUUUUUCUCAAAGUAGUUGAGUUUGAAGCAUCAUUUGAAAAUGUAUUGAACUUGUGGAUAAGCCUUACCAUUAGGAUCAGUAAAUUUGCCAACCUUUGCAACUACAUAUGUAGUUUAGGACCUCCCCAUAAAGUCUCACUGUGUGGCAGUUGAUGGAGUCUGUGAACAGAGCCUUAAGCUUGUUGCAAAAAAAAUAAAAAUAAAAAUAAGGGUAAUACGGGUUGUUUCUUCCAAGCAACGUAAGCCAUGUUGAUGGACUCAGUGCAGUCUGUAAGUCAUGGCUAAUCCGAAGAGUUUGGUUGAGCUGAUGGCAGCAGGGGCCAGAUAGGCACCUUGGUGAUUUAUCUUUCACCAUACGAAUGGACCGAGGACAGGUUUUCCGGAGCCACCUUCGUACUAUUCACGUGGUUUAGACAUGGUCACAGGGAGGGCUUGCUGGUCUAUCAUUUGUUCUGAACAAAUGGCAUUUCCUGCUCUUGACCUUGGCGGUUGACCCCGGGUCCCUUGGGGUUGACCUGGAACCAUCCAGCCUGGCCGAGGUCAGCACUCCUUGAGAGGUGUUAACAAAGUUUACAUGUGAGUCUUACUGUGUAGACAAUCUGAAGUCAAUUUCAGUUACGUAAUCAGCAUUCCCAUGUGCCCUGAGUGUCUUAUCGAUGAACUGUGCGUGUUAAGCCAUACUAAACCUGAGUUUAGCAGGGCAAAGGCAAACUAGAUGAAGAACAUCACAUCAGCUGAGCCCUUUCACCAGGGGCCGUUUUAAUGGAGUAGAAGUCGCGGAGCUCAUCGGUGGUGCAUCCACUGUGUCCGAGACCUACCAAAACCAUCUGGGAUUUGGACGUAAAUUUUUGCAAAAACUUACGAUUCCUUUCAGUUGGCUGCACUUCCGUAGCUACCAACUGAUUCUCCUCACGAAGGCUUUACAGGUGACUCGAGACCAGAGCUGCUGUAUGGCUGAAGUCAAGUUAUUGUGCUCAGCUCUAGUAAGCGUUCACACAGUCUACCAUCAGGGUGGAGAUUUGCUUCCAGUGUUUGCAGUGUGUGAGGCAGUCAGAAGAACUGACGUCUGAUCUUAAGCCUCAGCUCUGGUGUCUCCCUGGGUUAACCAUGCCUCAUUGGCCCAGCACCUGGCCUGACGCUGGAGCUCGUUCAGGGGGCUCCGGGAAGUUUGGAGGGUGUAGAACGUUCCAUCUGGUAUUAAAUUUGUCCCUGUGCCAUGAGUCCCAGCUGGAAGCCAUUUUGCUGAUGUCCACAUUGACAGGAUUGUGAAAAUAUUGCCUUUCAUAAAACCAAGGACCAAAGAAUUCCAUUAUUCCAACAAAACCCGAGUUUCAUAGACUGUGGGCACAUCCAGACAGAGGUGUGCGUGCUUUAUGGCACAGAGAAGCUGCUCGCUUCCGCCAGCCUGGCUGGCCGUGCAGAGGGAUUUAUCACCUUGAGAAGGCUCUGGAAGAUGAGUUUCUCAGAUUGAAACUUGCUAUCUCAGGUGGGUGUUUCUGCUGUGCAGUCCCAGCCUUUAUCCAUAUCAUGGAAGGUGGAGGUCUGGCAUUCUUCCAGAUGACCUGACCAGUGUAGACUGUUCCAUCUGAAUGGGAACCUCCAGUGUGAGUUUUAAAAAAUGUGUCUACACUGUGCAACAUCCCACAGUUGCCAAAUUUCCGCCUCCUUUUGUUCUUCAUUGACCCAUUCCAAUGUCCUGUUUGGCAUGAGAAGAAUUUCCCUCAAUUCUCACACCAAGGGAUGCCCCAUUUCUCGUUCAUGAUGAAAUCACCGAUCCAUUAACUGGCUGAGAAAUGAUCGACACUGACGAAGGGACAUUCUAGUGGUAAGGCUUAUUACCAAACUUCUGAUAAUGAAGCAGGCUACCAAAAACUUAUCCAGCCCACCCUAAGAGUGUUUGGAUUUGAUCAUGGGUGUAGCACACACACCGAAAUCCAAGGAGACCUUUGCAAAUUAGGCUACUUGUUUUAUUUUGCCAGGUUAUCAUGGGAGAGUCUUUAACUAGUUCUGAAUAUUUGUAAGUAUGAGUACUUCAUAGAAUUAUAAAGCAGGUACAGCUGACCCUUUCUCACUGCGUUGUAAAUAUUUCCCGAGACUGGGUGCAGUCCUGAGGGAUAAUAAUCUUCUGACUUAUCAAAUGCUGACUGUCUAGAGCAAAUUGUACACUCUCUUUGUGAAUGGUCCUGUAACGUGUAUGAACACAUUUCUGGGUGCCUUAGAAGUUGUAUUUUUCAUGUGUGCUAAUAUGCAGUAUUUAUACAUUGUGAGAAGCUGCUUUGAAUAAAAAGGUUGAAACUUCGUCAGCA